AUGCCUCCCUCGGCGCAGACGACUCGAUUAGUCUCCACUCUGCGACUCCUCAUUCCGCGUCUCCGCCUUCUCCAGAAGAAAGACACCGCAUCCUCCGUCGUCCAACGUCGCGAGCUCUCCCAGCUUCUCAGCGAGAACCGCGAGGCGUCCGCUCGCAUCCGAGUCGAAAAUGUGAUCGCGACAGACAUCGCCGUCGAGGUAAUGGAGAUGGUCGAACUAUACUGUGAACUGCUGUUGGCGCGCGCCAACGUACUCGAUCAACUGGCGUUUGGAGAGCAGGGAACACGCGCGCGCCUGCGCGCCAAGGAAUUAUACAAGAAGCAGACUCAAGCCCAGACCGGUGAGAAAGCAGCGACAUCUGCUGCGCCCGAGUCUACCGGUUCUCGCUUCGGCUUCUCUUGGUUAGGAGGAUCGCAGAAGAAGGAGGCGAAUAUAGUGGCUGCUACCAGUCCUUUGGAGGGCGCUGGGGAGCUUUCGGAAGAAGAAAAUCCAUACAUGGAUACUGCGCUCGACGAGGCUGCAGUUGCGAUCUUUUAUGCCUGGCAUCGCUUCCCUCACGAGUUGCGCGAGCUCACCAUGCUUCGCACGAUGCUUGGGGAACGAUACGGCAAGGAAUUCAUGACCAUGGCGCAGGACAACAAAGUCGAUUCGGCCAAAGUUCCAGAUCGACUUUUGAAGGGACUACGAGUGCGCCCGCCGACACAAGAGCUGGUUGGAAGCUACUUGCGGGAGAUUGCAAAGGCAUAUGGUGUUGAGUGGCCGGGUGGAGAGGAUAUUCAAGAACUCGGGGAAGCACCCCCAGAGUUUGUCGAUGAUGCCAAGGGUGGUGCGGACGAGGACCAAGAAGGGGACCUCCCCCAGACUCCGAACAAGCAACGUGCAGACCCUGCAUCGCAACCGAGCCUCUCUGAGGCAAGGCGGGCGUCGGAAACGAGCGAAUUGAAUAAAGCGACUCCCCCACGCGGCCCUGCUGCACUACAAGGGCGCAGCCCUGUUAGUGUUGCACCGCCAGCACCCAGGACUGAUAAUCCUAACCCUCGGGUGAAGGUGCCGGGUUCUGAGGAAAACGGAGUGGGUGCUACUAAGAAGGCUGGCGCCAGCAAGAACAAUAAUAGUGGGAUUCCCGAGCUGGACGAGCUGACACGAAGAUUUGCGGAUCUCAAAAGGAAACCUUGA